AUGGCUCUCGUCGUCCCCUUCACGGUCACCGCCAUGCUUUUCGCCAGCGGCUUGGCGAUCUGCACGAGAAAUGGCCUCACGCAGAUGUUGACCCAUGUCAAGAGACACCCGAACUUCACGCAGACCGAGUUCUGGGACUACUGGUAUAACGAGCAUGCGCCCAAGGUUGCUCCUCUGGCAUCCCACUUCAACAUCACCCGUUACCAACAGGUUCGAGUUGGCGGUCUUGUUCUUCCCACAGAGGCCGGGGCAACUGGGCCGGCGUCUGAUGUGCCUGUUGAGUUCGACGGUGUUGCGAUGUUCAUGUAUCGCCAUGCCGAAGAUCUCACUGGGAUGAUCUCUCACCCGUACUACACAGAGGUGGUUCUUCCCGACGAGGGUGUUUUCAUCGACAAGGCUGCCUUCGGCGGCGGCCAGGUCGCUACGUACGUAGGCACGCACUUCGAGGUAGUGGAGGACACAAAGGAUGUCUGGACCGGCAGCAGUGCGGAUCGUGAGAAGUACCAGCAGCUCUUUGAUUCGUACAACUAG